AUGGAGACCCCCGGGCAGAAGAGGACCACCCGCAGCGGGGCCGGCUCGACCCCGCUCUCGCCGGCCCGCAUCACCCGCCUGCAAGAGAAGGAGGACCUGCAGGAGCUGAACGACCGCCUGGCCGUCUACAUCGACAAGGUGCGCUCGCUGGAGUCGGAGAACGCCGGCCUCCGCCUGCGCAUCUCCGAGUCGGAGGAGGAGGUGAGCCGCGAAGUCACCGGCAUCAAGGGGGCCUACGAGGCCGAGCUGGCCGACGCCCGCAAGACGCUGGACUCGGUGGCCAAGGAGAGGGCGCGCCUGCAGCUGGAGCUCAGCAAAGUCCGCGAGGAGUAUAAGGAGCUCAAGGCCAGGAACACCAAGAAGGAAGGGGACCUGCUGGCCGCCCAGGCCCGCCUGAAGGAUGUCGAGGCCCUUCUGAACUCCAAGGAAGCUGCCCUCACCACUGCUCUGGGGGAGAAGCGGAACCUGGAAAAUGAACUCCGCGAUCUGAGAGCCCAGCUGGCCAAGCUGGAAGCGGCUUUGGCUGAGGCCAAGAAGCAGCUUCAGGAUGAGAUGCUUCGGCGGGUUGACGCUGAGAACAGGCUGCAGACCCUGAAGGAGGAGCUGGACUUCCAGAAGAACAUCUACAGCGAGGAGCUUCGUGAGACCAAACGCCGCCAUGAGACCCGCCUGGUGGAGAUUGACAACGGUCGCCAGCAGGAGUUUGAGUGCAAGCUGGCCGACGCCUUGCAGGAUAUGAGGGGCCAGCAGGAAGCCCAGGUCCGGCUCUACAAGGAAGAGCUGGAGAAGACUUACAGUGCCAAGAUGGAGAAUGCCAAGCAGUCUGCCGAGAGGAACAGCAACAUGGCGGGGGCGGCCCAUGAAGAACUGCAGCAGACCCGCAUCCGCAUCGAUAGUCUGUCGGCUCAGCUCAGCCAGCUGCAGAAGCAGCUCUCUGCCAAGGAGGCGAAACUGCGGGAUCUUGAGGACGCCCUCUCCAGGGAAAGGGAAACCAGCCGCCGCAUCCUGUCCGAGAAGGAGCGGGAGAUGGCCGAGAUGCGGGCCCGCAUGCAGCAGCAGCUGGACGAAUACCAGGAGCUGCUGGACAUCAAACUGGCCUUGGACAUGGAGAUCAACGCCUACCGCAAGCUCCUGGAGGGGGAGGAGGAGAGGCUGCGCCUCUCCCCCAGCCCUUCUUCCCAAAAGUCCGGCGGCAGGACCCGGAUCUCCCACUCGUCCGCUCAAAGUGCUUCCAAGAAGAGGAAGCUGGAGGACGGGGAGAGCCGCACCAGCUUCUCGCACCACGCCCGGACCAGCGGCCGUGUGGCCGUGGAGGAAGUGGACCUCGAAGGGAAGUUCAUCCGUCUCAGGAACAAGACUAAUGAGGACCAGUCUUUGGGAAACUGGCAGGUAAAGCGCCAGAACGGAGAAGAGGCCCCCAUCUGCUACCGGUUCCCUCCUAAGUUCACCUUGAAGGCUGGACAGGUCGUUACGAUCUGGGCUGCUGGCGCCGGGGUGACCCAUAACCCUCCCACGGAUAUGGUGUGGAAGAACCAAAGCUCAUGGGGAUCUGGAGACAGCCUGCGCACUGCUCUCCUCACUUCCACUGGAGAGGAAGUGGCCAUGAGGAAGCUGGUGCGCACUGUAGUUGUCGAGGACGAUGACGAAGAGGAUGAUGACGAAAUUGGCGUCCACCACCGCCACCACCACAGCCACUGCGGCGGUUCCGGGGACCCUGGCGAGUACAACCUGCGUUCUCGCACGGUGCUGUGCGGAACCUGCGGGCAGCCGGCGGAGAAGGCCGGCGGCGGCACCAACGCUGCCGCUGCCACCAGCACCAUGUCCUCUGGAUCAUCCUCUUCCAGUGUCACCAUCACCCGUGGUUACCGCAGCACGGGGGGGACCGGCAUCGGGGAGGGCCUGCUGCCCAGGUCUUACAUCCUGGGCAAUUCCAGCCCACGCCAGCAGGGACCGCAGAACUGCAGCAUCAUGUAACUCCUCUGAUUCCCCCCCUCCCCCCA